AUGUUGACAGUUCGACAAAAAAUCCCAACUCGGGUAUAUCUCAAAAUCGUAAUCAUUUUCUUCGUUGUGAAUCUCUGCAAUAACACUGCUAUCAAAUGCGAUAUAUAUUUUCCAUUAUUCAUUAUUUUCAAGUCGAGUUCAUUACUUGCAAACAUCUUGUUUGGACUUCUUUUGAGAGGCCAUAGCUAUACAACAAGGGAAUUAUUUUCUGCGUUCGUUGUUACCGGUGGCAUUGUUAUUACUACCUUGGCCAGCUACGAGGACAAACCAUCAGCUGCAAGCUUCACAUUUGACUUUCUUGGAAUACCGCCGUUCUUCAUAGGAGUUGCAUUGCUCAGCACAGCACUGAUGUUGAGCGCAUAUUUGCGAGUUUGUGAAGAGGAAAUGUAUGCAAGAUAUGGCAAGCAUGCUAAGGAGUCGAUGUUCAUGGUGCAUACUCUUUCUAUACCUGGAUAUGCGUUACUUGGUGGAGAAAUUACCCAAGCUUUUCAAGCUGCUAAUACCACUGAGCCAUUUUCUCUUUUCGGUUACGAUCUGAUAGUUCCUACGGCAUGGGUAUACAUCGUUGGGAUAUGUGUUUUACAAUACGUGUGCAUUGACAAUGUCUAUCGCCUUACUGCGCUUACUACCUCACUAAAUCUUUUGGCAACCCUUUCAAUAUAUUCCAUUUUUGUGGUGCAUUCUUCGUUUUUGUUGGAUCACUUAUGUUUUCGAAAGUCUUAUAGCUUUUCUAGCGGAUCUCGUACCUUUCCUUCGAAAUUGAGAAGUGUCACUCAAUUAGAAAAAGUGAAGGUCUUCUUAGUUGCAUUAUCUCAAUGUGAUGUUUUGCACUAG